UCAAGUUUCCCACGGCGACGGCACAACAAUCCGCCCUUAAAAACUACUCAGACCAUCCGCUCAUCGUAUUUGCCUACUGACAGGAAUGACCGAAGCUCACCGCCUUAACUCCCCUUCCGAACGCGUGGAUCGUAACGAAGACGAAGAGCCGGAUACAGUCGUAAACGAGGAUGGAGACCAUGACGAAGAUGACACGAUGAACAACCACUCGGGCAUCGUAAGCAGCGAAGGCGGUCAUCCAAAAGACCAUGAGGACUUUGACGGUUUUGAACCCAACGCCACGAUGGACGAGCUGUCCGGUGCAUAUCUGCAAAAUAUGAUCGAGAGCGACAAUCUAUCUCAAGCACAGCAAGGAGACGACUUUCACGAAGAUCCCGAAACUCGGCACCCAUCAAUGUACGAGGAUGACGAUUGUCAAGCGCAGGGCGGGCGUGCGAUAGUUAACAACGAUGUCGACGAAGCAGCGCAAAGUCAGACCCGUACGCGCUCACGCACGGCGUCUCCGACCGACGUGGCACAUCGAGGUCGCGAAGGAAAGGAAAAUGGGAUUCAGCGGACCGGAGGGCAGAAACAGAGUGUACAGCAGGAAGAGAUUGAGAUCGAUCUUCAGAGACCUCUUCAGCGCAUCGCGAUGGAUGAUUUGGAGUCUAGGUUGCAGCAGCAUCAGAAUACGAGGAACAACCGUUUCGAGGAGCAUAGCAACCUGCUGUCGCAAAUGAUAGAAGAAUACAUCGCUCUAAUGCGCGUCCUCAUGAACCGAAAAGAAGAAUGGUACCUCAAGCAAGUCCAAGAAACUGCGUACGCGAUCCAGGAAAUGGAAGACGACCAAGGUAUGCUUCUCCACCAUGCGCGGCAGCAUCCUACGAGUAUCAGCGAUGGAAUGGUACUCCACCGGAAGUUCGGCGCCAUACGUGAGUUUCCCUCAACAUUGCUUUGGCAAAGCCAUGCUCAUCACCGGAUGUAUCAUUCUCCCUUUUGCGACUUUUGCAGAACGGCUCCGUGCCAAGCUGCAAGGGUUCUUCGACGCCAUUCGCAGCAAUAUUGCCAAUUUCCUCGUAUAAGCGCGGCCGCUGGAUCGGGGAACAGGACUAUUACCCUGUGCUGUGCUUGGCGACAUCUGCACGGCGUGCCGCUUUCUCGGAGGGAGACCAAUGAUUGGACCCUAUUAUCAUUCUCUCUGAUCACAUCGGCAUCGGCGUGAGGUAGCUCAUCAUACGUAGAAAGCGCACAUUUAGCUCAUGGCAUCAUAGCUUCUGCCAGAAUCGCUACCUAGAUGGGUUCCUCUGUAGAUCUUCUAGUCUGAAUGAAACGGAAAUUGAUCUGUUAUGUACGGUA